AUGUACACUUCGGCUUAUUUAGAAAAAAUUUUUUAUCAAAAUUCUAAUUCACAUUUUAUAAAAAAACGAAAAUCAUUCCUUCCUACGACUACGGAUGGUGUUGAAUCGUCAGAAGAAGUAGAAAUGAAUGAGAAAGGAGAUUAUCAAAGUGCUACAGAUUUGUUGGAAUAUCUAGUUCCAAUAUUUUUUGUUAUGGUAUUAAUUUUAUGGGUAUUAAAAUGGAUAUUUCAUUGUUAUACCAGAAAUCGGCAAAAUGUUCGAGAAAGACAUCAUAGAGUAAAUAAUAAUGUAACAACAAAUGUUAAUCGGGUACAUCCAACAUCAUCUGAAGAUCCAUUUUUUAAUGCUAGAACAUAUGCACAAAUGUAUGGUCAAUAUGGUGGUAUAUUUUUUCAACCUACACCACCAAAAUAUGAUGAAAUAUCAAGAGAUAAUGAAGAAAUAUCUCAAAAUAUUGAAGUAGUUUCAGGACCACCUCCAUAUCCAAGCACUCCAAGUACUACAUCUGUUCGUGAAUUACGUGUAGAAAGUCUUUCUGCACCCCCAACAUAUUGUAUAGAGGAAAUAUCGGACGUGUAA